AUGGGAAAAGCCGCCAAGACCCGAAAGUUUGCCGCGACCAAGCGGAUGAUCAAGGCCACGGACCCGCGACUCAAGAAGAACAAGGAGGACAUUGAAGCGCAGGCAGCAAAGAAGAACAAGGAGGAGGAGCUGGUUCGAGAGGUGCCUCGAGUGUCGUCGGCGCUCUUCUUCCAAUACAACGAGGCCAUCAAGCCGCCCUACCAGGUGCUUAUUGAUACGAAUUUCAUAAACUUCAGCAUCCAGAAAAAGCUGGACAUUCACAGAGCCAUGAUGGACUGUCUGUACGCCAAAGCCAACCCCAUUGUCACUGACUGCGUCAUGGCGGAGUUGGAGAAGCUGGGGCCCAAGUACAGAAUUGCGCUCAAGCUGGCCCGAGACCCCCGAAUCAAACGGCUCACGUGCACCCACAAGGGCACCUAUGCCGAUGAUUGUCUGGUGAACCGAGUGCUGCAGCACAAGUGCUACAUUGUUGCCACCAACGAUCAGGAUCUCAAGCGACGGCUCCGAAAGGUGCCCGGUAUUCCGCUCAUGGGCGUGGGAAACAAGGGAUAUGUCAUUGAGCGUCUUCCCGAUGUUUUCUAA